GAGAUGGAAGUGAUGGUACAGCCACCGGCGGCCGAUUUCAACUUCGACAGUGCGGGUACUUCUCCCUACGUAAGCUCACCUUCGAGCCCUCAGCGAUUCGGCAACUUCUUCUUCAGCGCUCCCACCAGUCCCACCGGCUCCUCCGCCUUCUUCCGCCAGUUCAACUCCGUCUCCACCGGCUCCACCAUUCCCUUCAAUUGGGAAGAGAAGCCUGGAAUAUCAAAAACAAACGACAACAACGAUUUCGAAUUCAAUUUCAGCGGUCAGUUAGAGAAAACCUCGGUCUCUGCGGACGAGCUUUUCGAUGGAGGAAAGAUCAAGCCUCUGAAGCCACCGCCUCGGUUGCAAUUUACAGAUAAAGGACUAGCCGAUUCUCCGAAAUCGCCGCGAUCGCCGAUCAGCGCGAGAAUGUUCAGAGAAGCUCUGUCUCCGAGGCAUAGAAGAAAGGAUUUCGAUCCGUUUGCAGAAGCAAUCGAACAGACUCGUAAAGAGAGCAAUCGUGAAGAACGAGGAAGAGAAAGAGCGAGCAAUUCAUCGGCGUCGAGUUUGAGGCAGAAAGGAACCAGAUCUCUGUCUCCUUUUCGAGUCUGCGAUAUCUUCUUCGAGAGCGAAAGCGAUCAACAGAGUUAUUCGAAUCCUUCAUCAGCACCUACUAAAACAAAAAAAUCCUCAUCGUCGUCUUGUUCAAAUUCUUUUUCGUUUUCGUCUGCGUCUUCUUUUUCAAGGUAUAAGAAAUGGAAGCUGAGAGAUCUAUUGCUGUUUCGAAGUGCGUCGGAGGGACGAGCGACGACGAGCAAGGACGCGUUGAAGAAGUACUCGUUGUUGAAGAAGAGUGGUGGUGGUGGUUGUGGUGGUGAGGAUGUGAAGAACGCGAGUUUCAGGUCGACGGAAAGUGGAGGAUCGGUGAGUUCGAGGAGGAGAGGGACGGCGGUGUCGGCGCACGAGAUGCAUUACACGGCGAACAGGGCGGUGGCGGAGGAGAUGAGGAGGAAGACGUUCUUGCCUUACAAGCAGGGCCUGUUGGGUUGCUUGGGCUUCAAUCCGGGUGUUCCUGAUUUCUCCAAAGGGCUUGGUUCUCUGACCCGUGGGUGAUCCGGUUUUUUUUUUUUUGGUGGUGGGGGUGAUAAGUAAUAUACACAGUUUGUGAGUACUAAAGUUAUUAUGCUUGUGUUUAUGUCUUUACACUAAGGCUAAGGCUAAGGCUAAGGCUAAGUUUGGAAAGAGUAAAUAAGUGUAUAUUUUGAUUUUUUUUGUAUUAUGUGUAGAAAGAGUAGAAAGAAGAUGUUGAUUAAUGUGACCCAAAAAAGAUAAAAAGAUGAAAUAAGUGUACUUUUUUAGGUUAGCCAAACUUGACCUAAGUUUGGGAAAUUAUAAAUAAUUCAUCUUUUUAUUUUA